UUAUAUUUAGGCCCACCUGCAUUGCAGCACUGCGGGCGAUGACAUCCCACGUGUACAGAGACGAAAAGAUGUGGGACACGACAAAGGAGGUGGAAGCGCUUCUGGGACCUUGCGCCGUGGUCAUGCGCGGAAUCGGGCUGUGGCAACCGCCCGGAGGCCAGCCAGCGGGUGCCAAGUCUCUGAUCACGGCCGUGCUGUUAUUCCAGCAUCUCGCCGUCCUCGUCGGGAGCCUCGUGGAAAUCGUCAUCGACCCGCCGCCUCUGGACGUCAUCUUAGAUGCGAUCGUCCCUAUCGCCUGCAGCUUCACCUGGGGACUCAGAAUGGUGUCGGUUCUAGUACGGCAGAGCCGAGUGCAGCAGCUGGUGGUGGACGUGUUGAACAUGAGGAAGCAGUUCACUGAAAACAGCGCAGUCUUACGCAAAUCCUACCGCAGGCGUGCACUUAUUGUGUGCGUUGCAUGGGUGGUACGAUCUACUAUAUUUGCAAUAUAA